CCAGAAGGGAUGAGUGAUACAGUCCGCACAUCCUCUGACGCUCAGGUGGAGACGACCGAUUCAGGACAGUCAAGUCACGAUGAAGCUGCGUAUGCUGAGGCUGAGGAGUGCCUUGGUCCGAGAAUGUAUGGCUGAGUUCCUGGGAGUAUUUGUUUUGAUGAUGUUUGGUUGCUCUGCGAUAGCGCAGGUAAAAACCAGCCGAGACACCAAAGGCCAGUAUCUGUCGAUCAACAUGUCCUUCUCUGUGGGGGUGAUGUCAGCAAUGUACCUGACCAAGGGGAUCUCAGGAGCCCAUCUAAACCCCGCGGUGACUCUAAGUUUCUGUGUCUUGAGGAAGGUGAAGUGGGGAAGGCUGGUACCGUACUGCCUCUCCCAAGUCCUGGGGGCAUAUGUGGCAUCAGCGCUGGUCUACUUGGUUUACUACGAUGCUAUCAUGGAGUUUAGUGGAGGCGUGUUGACUGUGUAUGGCCCAAAUGAAACAGCAUCUAUAUUUGCAACGUAUCCAUCCCAGUACCUCACGUUAGGGGGGAGUUUCCUUGAUCAAGUAGUGGGGACUUGUAUGCUGAUGUUAUGCAUCAUGUCUUUGGAGGAAAAGAGAAACACCCCCGCUCCUUCGGAUCUGAUUCCUCCAAUAGUUGCAACAAUUGUCCUCGGGAUCUCCAUGUCCAUGUCGGCGAACUGCGGAGCUGCAAUAAAUCCCGCUCGUGACCUGGGGCCACGGCUUUUCACUCUGACUGCAGGCUGGGGAACUGAAGUCUUUACGUGUUACAAUUACUGGUUCUGGGUCCCAAUAGUGGCUCCACUGAUCGGAGGUCCUUUAGGUUCUUGCCUUUACUUGGUCUUCAUCGAAUGGCAGCUGCCCACUCCAGAACCUCCUCAGGAUGAGAGGACAACAGUCUCCACCAUCAGCAACAGCAUCAAAGAGCCUGCCACAUGAUGGGGAAAAGGAGACAACUUAAAGUCAACAUAUUUUUAGUCAUUGAUCAGUACCAACAAAAUUACAGUGCUACAAGCCUUUUUGACCAAUACAUAUGGCAUAAAAUAAUAAUAUGUUCAUGUAUUUAUAUAUGCUGGUUAAAGCACACACAUCUUAAGAAUUUUUGUUAACAGAGUCAUAAUUAUUUUUAUGACUAUAGAUUUGCAGAAACAUUUUAGCAGAAUCAUGUUGUUUGUUUCAUUAAACUUUUCUGUAUUUUAAUUUUUCAAAACCACGUGCCCACUUUGCCUCCCUGAUACAAUCGGUGAAAUGGUUUCCGAGAAUGAGCUGCGAUAUGACUGAAGGUUACCUAUCCAGGGUGUGCCCUGCCUUUCCAAGAACUGAGGAGGCAGGGUAGGUUUUGGAGAACAAUGAACACCAUCUUAUGCCAGAAAAGGUUUUUUGUUUUUACUUCUCUUGUAUUUUGAAAUGGCGCCGAUCAGCUUGUCACUCAUUCCGUUUUUCCCUCAUUUGUGAACAAAACCCCAUUUAAACUUUGCAUGCUUUUUUCUGGCUCAAGACUGUGCAUGGUCUCAGAUUUGGAGAAGCUGAUUCUCGUUCUGGCUGCCUUGUAGAUCACAAUUUGAUGAAGCCAAUAAAACCAAAUCAUCUGCAAAAAGUAAAUAUGCAAUCUCAAGGUCACCAAAAUGGAUCUCCUCAACACUUUGGCUACGCCUAGACUUUCUGCCCAGAGUUCAGACUUGGUGCAGUCCAACUCUCACUGGAAACAAAUCCAACUUACUGCCUGCAUUGUGGCCCAAUCUCUAGCACCUGUCGAACUGGGACUUAAUAGCCCAUAUAAAACAGCUAUUAGUCUAAAGUCUGAGCUUUAAACUUUGUGUCCAAACUGGGACUUAAUAGCCCAUAUAAAACAGCUAUUAGUCUAAAGUCUGAGCUUUAGAGUUUCCAACUCUCACUGGAAACAAAUCCAACUUCCUGCCUGCAUUGUGGACCAAUCUCCGGCACCGCUCACACUUGGAUCCAAUAGCCCAUAUAAAAUGGUAUGGUACCCCAGACUUGACACUAUUGGUUGGUGUUUCUUAAAUUAGUCAAUCCAAGAGUGUUAUUCAUUUUCUUGCUCUUGUAGCCUCAAGAGCAGAAAUAAGUUAACUUCUGUGGUAGUGCUAAGAUGGUUUCCACAGUGCAUAUUAAUGAAUAUUAAGGUAUUUCCUUUUUGAACUGUUCAAAUAAUCAGUUGUAUGUGUUUUCUAAGAGAGUUUCAGAUAUUCACAGAUAUUUGCAGGCAACCAUUCAUGAAUAAUGGGAUAGCUUGCCCAAUGAUACAAGAAAAAAUAUAUUUUUUACACAAACAUUUAGACAAAACACUUAGUUACUCCUCAUGUUUUAAGACCUCAGGGCACUUCAGAAAGACUUGGUUUGACUCAACCUAAAGUACAGCAAAGCAAUUUGAAGUAAUUCGUGAGAGGAGAGCUCUUGUGGGUGAAACGUUUGAUCCAAUGUGUGUUUGUGAACUACAUAUUAAAAAGAAAAACUGCAGUUUGUUAUUGUCGUAGUAUCUUUUAGAAAGCUUGUAUCAGUAGUGCAUCACUAUGAACAAACAGCAUCAUGCUAUUAGACUGUGAAAAUUGUUGUAAACUGUUAUCUAUAAGACUCGAUGUUCUAGAAAGCAGCUGCACUUCAAAGUAGCAGUGCUGCUUGCACUGGAAAUUGUAAGCUUCCUGAACACAACCAGCAGAGGAGGAGGCAGAGGAGAUGGGUAUUCAUUAAAGAAAUUGUUAUUUUUA